CGGCCCCAGCUACCUCAUGCGCUAUAUUCCCUCGCACAUUCGCGCGGCCGGCCGGCCUCGAUCACACGAUCGACGAGGGAGGAAGAGGAAGAGGAAUCGGAGGAGGGGGAAUAUAUCUGAGUAGUGGAGUCCAAGGAAAGGAACCAACUGAGGAUUAGCCACCACUCUAUAAGAGGCAGCCUCGCCCGGAAUCCAAGUGUGCUGUGCUGUGUGCAUGCGCAUUUGCUAGUGACCUCUGCCUCUCUCUGCAACUGCUGUUCGCCACCACCAAGAGAUAGGGAUCGCCUGUAUCUCCGGUCUGUCGCCGGCUCGCCGCGGCUUCUCAUUUAUGCUGCACGCGCCGCUGAUCCUGCGGCAGUACAGGGCACGGUGCUGGGCGCGCUGGAAAUGUCAUCCUCCGAUCAGCAGCACGGCGGUGGCGAGGCCAGGACGCGGCUCAGGUGGACACGCCAGCUGCACCAGCAGUUCGUCGGCGCCGUAUCCGAGCUGGGCGGCGCAGAGAGAGCGACGCCCAAGUCCGUGCUGAGGGCCAUGGGCGUGCAGGGGCUCACCCUGUACCAUCUCAAGAGCCACCUCCAGAAGUAUCGGCUGGCAGUGAGCCGCAACCUCGGGAACAGCGGUGGAAGCCUCAACGAGCGAUCAUCCUCGUCCGAGAGCCAGCCCAACCAGUGCCAUGACGAUAGCACCACUGCGUCGUAUACAUUUGCUUGCGCCGACGGAGAAGCCCACGACGACGAUGAUGCCAAAGGUGCUCUCUGUGAUCCUUCCAUGCAGAUGCAGAUGCAGAGGGAGGUGCAGAGGAAGCUUUUCGAGCAGAUAGAGGUCCAGAGGCACCUGCAGCUGAGGAUGGAGGCGCAUGGGAGGUACCUACAGUCCGUGCUGCGGAGGGCGCAGCAGGUCCUUGCCGACAACUGCCUGGCCAGCUCGCCCGACGCCGCCAAGCCGGAGUUCUCGGAGCUCGUCUCCGCGGCGGACACAGAGUGCCUCUCCUCCUCGUCCCUGCAGCGGCGACACCGCUCUGUCGACAGCAGCUGCGUGACGUCGUCCUCGUCGGACGCAGAGAGCAAAGCCGCCGGAUCAAAGAGGCUCUACACCAGCAUGAACUGCCACCACCACCGCGACUACACCGUCGAGCAGCCGGUGCAGGACAAGAGAACGUUCCCAUUCCUGCAGCGGAUGCAGGCAGAGCAAGAAGCAGAGGCAGCAGCAGAGCCAGAAGAGGCAGAUGAUGGCAGCUCCUCGGAGAUUGAUCUGAACAUGUAGGGAAGAAAAAUGGAAGGAAGGAACAUCGUGCAGGGUAAUGCGACAGCGAGUGAUUGGUGGGAUCAGGGUGGCCUUCAUGGUUGGGACUUGGGACCAGGCUUUUCUGAGCAAUGCCUGUCUUCUCCUGCAACAGCUAGCUAAUUCUGCUACUGCUACUGCUCCUGAUUCUAUGAUAUAUAUUCUAUAUAGUAUCUAUGAUUGCAUCUGGUUCUUGUGUUUCAUGCACCCUGUAAAGAAGGCAUAAUUGGAAUUGGCGGCAAGGCAUUCCCAGCCCAGCCGAAGAUGUAUUCGGCAUGCUUGAGGGUCAGGAACAUAUAAAACUGUCGUGUGACAUUGUCAUGUAUGCAAUCAAUGAGAAUGUGCCUUACAAGGUAUUGUAGAAAAAAUAAUUUUGCAUUAGGAAGCAUGCUUUGGGAUCUAAA